CUUUGUCCCCUUUUUGCUUUCAAUUUUUUUUGGCGCUGUCCCUCUUUCUCUCUUCUUCUUUACAGCCAAACCCUGAACUAGCAUUUUAACACGUUUUUUCCGUCCCCAGUGCCACAGCGCUAAAGAGCAAACUUAGAUAUCCGCAUAAAACUCCUACGUCUCUUCUGUUUAUUAUAAAUAUCAACCCUUCUCGCGGUCCAUCAUGGGCUCCAAAGUCUCUCGACAACGCAAACGACAAUCCAAUUCGCCUUCCAAGAAAAUGGACGCCAAAAAGGUCAUACCCUCCUCGCCCGUGAACUCUACCGCAAGCGAGAAAUACCAUACCGUUUCGUCGUCCUCGUACUGGUUGGCAAAAGAUAAUGAAGAACAGGAUCGUUUGAUGGGCCAACACUUUGCUGUGAAGGAAGGAUUUGGAGGAAAUGUUUUGCCAAAGGUGCUGGAGGUGGUGCGGUUCGAUGCCGGUACGAAAUGUUUGGAUGUGGGUUGUGGUCCAGGCACCUGGUGUUUGGAUAUGGCUACGGAAUAUCCCGAAUGUCAAAUCUACGGUGUUGAUAUGAGUGACAUUUUUCCCGAAGCCAUUCGUCCGCCCAAUACCCAUUUCAUGCAAGCCAAUGUCCUGGAAGGUUUGCCCUUUGAAGAUAAUACCUUUGAUUUCGUUCAAGCUCGACUUCUUGUCGCUGCCCUGAAGGUCGAACAGUGGCCACUCGUCAUCAAGGAAUAUCUUCGCGUUCUGAAACCUGGUGGCAUCCUGCAAAUGCUUGAACCUGAUUACAAGGAAACCGGUGGUGGAGCUUCCUUGAAACUGGUUCAGACAGUGAUCAAGCUGUGUCAUAUGAGGGGCCAGAAUCCUCACAUUGGAGCUGAUCUAGCUCGCUUGAUGGAAGAAGCUGGCUUGACGAUACUUGAGAACCGUUAUUCGACUAUCGACCAUAGCGAGGACACCAAACUGGCGGCGGAAUGGAUCUGGGACUGGUGCUAUUUUGCAAAGGUGACUUGCGAAGUCAUUGGACCCGUGGUGGGCGUUUCCCAAGAAGACUACCCUCAAUUCCUGAAAGAUAUUGAAUCAUCCAUGAAGGAGUAUCACUUUACAACUCACGGUUACUGUGUGGUUGGACAAAAAUCAUCGUAAUUUUACUAAAAAGCUAGAAUAAACAAACAUUUUGC